AUGGCCAUCGCUCCUGACGGUGACGCUGUCAUUGCUGAUGGUAAUGCCAUCACUCCUGACAGUGAUGUCAUCGCUCGUGAUGGUGAUGCCACUGACAAGGAGAAGGAGGAGGAGGAGGAGGAGGAGGAGGAGGAGGAGGAGGAUGAUGACGAUGUCAUUGCCCAGACACCUUCACGGAAGCGGGUGGUUGUGAGCACAUCGACUCAUGUUGAUGAUGAUGGCGAGCUGUUGGACCCGGACAAUAUUUCGAUGCGCGCUCUCAAGCAUAGUGCCGUGCAGACUGCGGUCGCUCAUGGUGAGCACACAGUCAACACACACCUUUCAGUCAUGUUACCUGAACUGAACUCCCAUUUACCCUGA